ACUAUAUGUACUUCAAUAUGAGACUGAGUGUAAUAUUAACUUUUAUAUUCGCAAGCUUCUAUUGCAAUGCUCAAUUUCAUGUUAACAAUGAGCAGCAGGCUGGUGAAUUCCUCAGCAAGAACAAAUGCAUAAAGACACCACAAAAUGCUGAAGAUGUCAUGGAUCAUAUGGUGUAUAGCACUUUACUACAGCCUAUGCUACAAUCCGUUGAAUACCACCUGAGAUCACACAAGUUGCGGAAUCAACAAGAAUUCUUUGAUAAAAUAAAGCCUGCUACUAAAGAGUUGCCUUCAUUAGGAUACGCUGAAAAUACGGCACCGAAAAUGUUGAAAGCAAGACACAGUACUAAAGAUUUCACAACUGAAUCAUUGAGCGCCACACCAGAAUCUCCGUCUCAGUGUAUUGUGGACCUGGGAUAUUUUAAUUCUGACCUUCAAGAAGGUGACCUGUAUGCAUUGAUGAUGGUUGAUGCUUACGGUAAACUCCCUCCUGGUGUUUUUCAAGGUAGCAUUACAUGGCCUGGGCUCUACGAUCAAUGUCAGUCGCAGUCGAAGUCUUCUAAUGUAACAAACUUCAAAGGCAAACACUGCAUAGUAUUUCUGUACAAUGUAAAACCAAAUGCACCGUUCCCGAGUAUAAAUAUUGGAAUCUGUGUGCCUAAUAGCUGUGAUGCAGAGCAGAUUAAGAGCCUGUUAAGUAGCCUUCCUAUAGACACUGAUUAUAUGGUAACAUACACAAUAUGCACUAAAGUAUAUGAAUAUUCAGUAGCUGCUAUUGCCUGCCUGACUACACUCGCACUUUUAUGUGCCAUGAUAAUCAUUGGUACCAUUUAUGACUUGGCUAAACGAAGAAAAGAAUCAGCUACACUUAUCUUUGUAGAUGAUAAAAACAAUGGAGAAGACAUGAACAUCACUGAAACCUCAGCAACAUACAAUCAAUGUGAGACUUCACCAUUACUGGCAGCAUCGGAAAAAAAUGUGAUUAAACAGAAUGACAGUUUUUUUGGACAAUUUAUUCUGUGUUUCUCAAUGAUAACAAAUGGUAGUAAGAUACUGAAAACGAAGCAAGAAGAAGGAAGUCUGGGAGCCCUCAAUGGCAUUAGGGUCCUCAGUUUAUUUUGGGUGAUUUUAGGACAUACUUAUUCGUCCUCCAUUACACUAUAUAGUAAUAUUUUGACAAUAUUUGAUGUAAUUGCCCGUUUUUCAUUUCAAGCCAUAGCCAAUGCUACUUUCUCUGUUGAUUCCUUCUUCUUUCUAAGUGGCUUACUCGUAACUUACUUAACAUUAAAUUACAUGAAGAAAAAUAAUGGUAGGCUAAACUGGGUGAUGUUUUAUGUCCAUAGAUAUCUCCGACUAACCCCUGUUUAUAUGCUUGUUAUUUUUAUCUUUACAACCUUAACACCAUACUUUGGAACUGGAUCGUUUUACUCAUAUACAUUUGAUCCAAAUCCUGCCCCUGGUGUAGAAAAUCAAUUAACAUAUUGCCAAGAUUAUUGGUGGACAAAUUUACUCUACAUCAACAAUCUCUACCCCUCAGAACUAAUGAGAGAAUGUCUUGCAUGGGGUUGGUACCUUGCUAAUGAUAUGCAAUUCUUUAUCAUCAGCCCCUUCAUUAUCUAUCUUCUCUAUCACUAUUUCUUUGCUGGGGUAGCUGCUUGGUGCAUUCUUCUGCUAACAUGUUUCUCUAGUUUAAUAGGAGAAUCCAUCAAACAUGAUCUUACAACAGAGUUUAUCCCAGAGGAUCCAAACCAGUUAACUUUUACAACUGAUUCAAUUUAUGUCCAGCCAUGGAGCCGUAUUUCCCCGUAUCUUGUCGGUAUGGCUGUUGGAUAUAUCUUGUACAAAUAUCGAGGACGGGUUCGUAUAUCAAUUUUUGUGACGGUAUUGGGAUGGGUGAUUGCAACUGUGAUUGGUCUUGCAGUUGUUUAUGGUCUCUAUGGCAACUUCCAUGACAACCAUCUCAGUAAAGGUGGUACAGUUGUGUACAUCACUUUGUGCCGGUUUGCUUGGGCCGUUUCUCUUGCCUGGGUUGUAUUUGCAUGUACCACUGGGUAUGGUGGGCCAGUGAAUUCCCUGCUUUCCUGGUCAGCAUGGGUACCAUUUGCCCGCAUUAAUUACUGUGCUUACCUAAUUCAUCCUAUUAUUAUAACUGUCUUUUACGUCUCCCUACCAAAUAUGAUUUAUUUCACUGAUUCUCUAAUGGUGUAUUUUUUCCUCGGUAAUCUUGUGUUAUCGUACACAUGUGCCUUUAUUUUGUCAGUAUGUGCAGAAGCACCGUUUAUGGCAUUAGAAAAAUUGCUUUUGAAUCGAGAGAAGAGCGUGUGAUUUAGGAGUUUACAUUUUUACAAUUAAGUUACACCGGUAUAUUUCUUUUUUCUUUCGGAUGAAAUAAUAGUACCUUGGUUAAAAUAUUGAAUGCAAAAUGACUACCAAUGCUUAUGAGCUACUAUAUGACCUUGUUCAGUAUAGUUCACUUACAGUACACACAGCCUGGGUAAACACACUUUGUAAAAAAAUGAGUAUAAUCAACAGAAAAAAUUAUGAAUAAACGAAUGAUUCUUUGUGUAUUUAAAGGCUUUACUGCUUACUGUUACAACAUACCCUAAAAAUUAUCACAAUAGUACUUAGCAAGAAAGAUUAAGUCCUCUCCUAUUUAUAAUUUUACUAUAUCAACCUGUUUCAUAUAAAAUAUUGAUUUAAUUUCUACUUAGACAACAAAAAGAGGGUAAUACGUUAAAUUUUGUAUUGUUUUUGAUAACAACUGUAUACUUUAAUAUAAAGUUUAUAGACUGACAUGGAAUAUAUAAUACACAGUACUGGCAUGUUUGGCAAUAAAUUUUGAGAAUAUCUAUAAAGAUUCGUUUUAGUAUUCUUUCUAUUUCAUUUAUCUACCUACCUGUAAUUCAAAUAUUUAUUCAUUAUUUUGGCAAUAAAAAUCAAGGUCAAUGAUAUUAUUAUUACCCAUGGUGAAUGGAUCAAUACAGAAUAUUGGCAAAAGUGGCAAAAAAUGCAACCCCCUCCACUCCUUGGGAAGUACUUAGUCGCACUUGACGUUUUAUGCAAUGAUUAAUACACACAAUGCCACAACACCCUAGCAGGUACCCAUAAACGCAUUGGUGGUUAUUGCACAACACCCUAGCAGGUACCUAUAAACUCACUGGUGGUUACUGCACAACGCCCUAGCAGGUACCCAUAAGGGGGCUACUGCACAACACCCUAGCAGGUACCCAUAAAGACAUUGGUAGCUAUUGAUUAUUAAAUGCUCUAUCCACACAUCAAAUUUUUUGUGUGUCAAUUGGUAUGUUCACACACAUAGCGCAAGACUAGCGUAGCUUACACCGGCGUAAGCUAAUUCAUGGUUCAAAAUUCUGAAGUGUUCACAAGA